UCUGUAGCGUUCGUGUUCCCGACACAAGCGGAUCAUCGAGGGGACCUUGAGUGGAGUCAAAAGGACUGGAAAUUAUUUAGCCCUCUCACAUCAACGUACCGCAUGGUGGGAAUUUCUGACUCCUUUCAGUAUCGCACUGGGAAGCGCUCCACCAUGCCCGACUCACCUGCGGACGUCAAGACACAGUCCAGGUUGACCCCCCCUACCAUGCCGCCCCCACCCAGCACACAAGGAGCACCCCGCAACAGCUCCUACACCCCCACCACAUUAACCAACGGCAGUAGCCACUCUCCUACGGCGCUGAACGGUGCUCCGUCACCUCCUAACGGCUACAGUAAUGGUCCAAGCUCCUCCUCAUCAUCAUCGCUGGCCAACCAGCAGCUCCCGCCAGCCUGCGGUGCCCGACAGCUUAGCAAGCUCAAGCGUUUCCUCACAACUCUACAACAGUUUGGCAAUGACAUCUCACCUGAAAUUGGCGAGCGGGUUCGCACACUAGUGCUGGGCCUAGUGAAUUCCACACUAACCAUCGAAGAAUUUCACUCCAAGCUCCAAGAAGCCACCAACUUCCCCCUGCGACCUUUUGUCAUACCCUUUCUGAAGGCCAACCUGCCACUCCUUCAGAGGGAGCUCCUUCACUGUGCAAGGCUGGCGAAGCAGAACCCAGCACAAUACCUGGCCCAGCACGAGCAGCUGCUCCUGGACACCAGCACCACCUCCCCAGUAGACUCCUCUGAACUCCUGCUGGACGUCAACGAAAACGGCAAGAGAAGGACACCAGACAGAACCAAAGAGAACGGCUUCGAGCGAGAUGGUGCCCUGCACCCAGAUGUUCACCCCAGUAAGCGGCCCUGCACCAUAAGUCCUGCACAGCGCUUCAGCCCGUCCAAUGGGCUCUCCUACCAACCCAACGGCCUGUCUCACCCGGGCCCGCUCCCUCCGCAGCACUACAGGCUGGAUGAUAUGGCCAUAGCCCAUCACUACCGGGACACCUACAGACACCCUGCCUCCAAUCAUCGGGAGAUCCGUGAGAGACCCAGACCCAUUGGCAUGCAUGCGGGGACCAGGCAGGAAGAAGUGAUUGACCACAGGCUGACAGACAGAGAGUGGGCUGAGGAGUGGAAGCACCUUGACCAUCUGCUGAACUGUAUCAUGGACAUGGUGGAGAAGACAAGGCGCUCGCUGACGGUACUGCGGCGGUGCCAGGAGGCUGAUCGCGAGGAGCUCAACUAUUGGAUCCGACGAUACAGUGACGCUGAAGAGCUGAAAAAGGGUGCUGCUAGUGGGCAGUCAAGGCAACAGAGUCCCGCAGCACAGGACAAUGCAACACCAGAAAUUCACAGGGAGUUGCUGCAACGGCCUGUGUCUGGCUACGUCCCAGAAGAGAUCUGGAAGAAAGCUGAAGAGGCAGUAAAUGAGGUGAAGCGACAGGCCAUGUCAGAACUGCAGAAAGCUGUGUCAGAAGCAGAGCGUAAAGCUCACGAGAUGAUCAGCAGUGAACGGGCCAAGAUGGAGCGUACAGUAGCCGAGGCUAAGCGGCAGGCAGCUGAGGACGCGCUCUCCAUAAUCAACCAACAGGAGGACUCCAGCGAGAGCUGCUGGAACUGUGGCCGCAAAGCCAGUGAGACAUGCAGCGGCUGCAACACGGCACGCUACUGUGGCUCCUUCUGCCAGCAUAAGGACUGGGAGAAGCACCACCAUGUCUGCGGUCAGACCCUCCAGGCCCAGCAGCAACAGGCCAACCAGCAGCAGGGAGGCGUCCCAGGGUCAGAGACCCCUGCUCCCAUCAGCUCCUCCGCCUGCACCCCGAGCAGUGGGACUGGUAGUCCGGCUGCUACCCCGCCUGCUGCUACCCCCCGCUCAUCCACCCCAAGCACCCCAUCCUCCUCUGCCCUGGAUGGAACACCACGCUAG